AUGGAGUGGAUCGAGUACAGCCAACCUGCUUUGCUGAACUCAAUGCUGUUUACAGCUUUAAGUCCAUUCCUCUGGACUAUUAUUGCCAGAUUUGAAUUCCACACUAAAGGAAUAUCCAAAUUAUUCUUUGGUCACAAGAGGGCAGCCGUAGCAUUAUUUGGAGCGAUUAUUUUCACUCUAAAUUUAGUUCGCGGUUUUGCUUUUCAUGAGGCCAUUGAGAAAGAGCCACAAAUGGACAUUGACAGCUUUGCACUUGAUGUGGCUUCAUACGCUUUAAUAAUGAUUGGACAAUUCUUUGUGUGUGCAUCAGUUUACAGAUUAGGAAUAGUAGGAACCUAUUAUGGAGAUUAUUUUGGAAUUUCUCUAUUUGAUGGACCAUUAACGUGCUUCCCAUUUAGUGUUUGUAAUGACCCGAUGUAUUGGGGAUCUACAGGCACUUUCUUUGGAUAUGCUCUAUUGGGGAGAAGCCCUGCUGGGAUUUUCUUAACUGGCUGGGUAGCUAUUUGCUAUAUGGCAGCUGUCGCUUUGGAGUCCCAAAUGCUACAAGUUAUAUAUCCGAAGAAGUUGGAAUAA